AUGCUGGCCGUUCUUGCUUCGUUGCUCCUUGUGGCUCUUGUCAACGCGCAGAGACCCGUACCAUGCGGUUAGUUCAAACAUUUUAUUUUAUUUCUUUUUUAUCCCUCCUAUAUUGUUUGUGCAUCGAUCAAUGCUGAGCUGAUCGUUUUUUUACUCACAUGCGAAUGAAGUACGCACAUUUACAGAGGGGCUCAAUUAGUUUCCAAAUCGUUGGUUUCCAUCGGAAUGGGAAUGCCCCAGGUGGUAUCGUGGAAACUAGCUUCCCUCGGCCUCCAUCAAAUUAUACCUGGCGCUAAGUGGUCUAUGACGCAACGGUAGCGAGCGCAAGCUGCAUUGCAAAUUUUUUUUCUCGCAGUGUCAGCUGUAUUGAACAUUUCAGGUAAUUGGUUGAGAGAGAAUGAAAGAAAACAGAAUGAUUCGAGCACGAAAGAAGAACGCUGUUUAACCAUGUUACGUAACAUGUCUGACAAUGAAGCGUUCCCAUGCAAGCUUUGCAGAAAUUUUUUUGAAGUGUGGAGAUCGAAAAGUACUAUAUUGUUUUUACGAGGUGCAGUCCAUCAGAAAAAUUUAUGGCAUUCUUAGACGACUAGAUGGUUUUCGUGAGAUUUGCCCGGGCGGGUAUCUAGAUUGGCCUCUCGGUGCAGAAAAAUGCUUUGGAUAAUCCAUGAAAGUGAUGCAACAGUGGUGUAAUAUUUCCUCGUCGUCGAGUGCUCCCCAGCACAGUUUUCAAUACAGGCUACUCGAAUUUCUUUUGAUGUCAUAUGGCGAGUUCCAGGAAUUAAGGACGUCAGCCUCGUUCCCAGAUCGAGGUUGAAAGAAGAGCCUAUUCACCCCUUGUUUUGGUUCCUUUCCCGUGUCUCCUCUCCAGUCUCCUUUUCCAUUCUCUUGUGUUUACAUAACAAUUUAGCUAACCUUUCAUGACAAUCUUUUGUAAGUCGGCCUAGAACGGAAAUUUCAAAUCCAUUUACUUUGUAGAAAUAUUUUGCGCAUAGUAACAUAAUCACGUGAAAUUUUCGUUCACCCUUUGCACGCUACAUUAUUAUUCACAUACUCCAUACGCUCAUGUAAUUGGUGUCAAUUUAUCUCUCGUUUGGCUGUUUUCAGCGACCCCUGACGAGUGGAACGGACGUCAAAUGACGGUGAGUAGCAUUUCAGAUUGGGAAAACGAUCUCCUUGCUAUUCUUUACAUUACAAGUGCUUUCUAUUUAUGCGGGACACGAUGAAAUUAACUUACAUCACGUACGCGAGUUCGAUUUUUUCCCCUGCAAAAAUUUAAUGGAACGGGAUAUAGCUGCUCCUUUCGCAAAGAAGAGUUUUCCUUUUCCUUUUUUUUUUAAUGAGAAUCUGGGUUCUAUGUAAACUUUGCCAUAACGAAAUAAGCUGCACAUUUCAUACGUGGCUUUGUGCUGGCGGAUGAAGCAGAUGGUAAAUUGAUUUUCUGGUAAUUGCAGUAAAAUAAAAAAAACUGGAAAUCACUGUUUUUCGGUUACUCUCCUUGAUAAGAUUACUCAAACAAAACAUUAUUUGAAAUGCUAUUAUAAGUCAGCAGUUUAUUACUUUAUUUCUAUAUCUUUCUAAAUAGCUUGAUCGAGAAAAGGAAUUUUUUGUGUUGGGAAGAAUAAGCUACGAUGCUGAAAAUGAAAGGAUUAGUAUCGUUGAAGAAGUGGAUUUAUUUCAGAAAGGAAAAAAGUAUUUCUACGAAUACAUUUUAUUGCACAAAGAGGUAAGUAACUAAGGAAUCUUAAACUCAAUAGAGGUUUUCCCUACCCAUGUUAACAAUUUUUUAACUCUAUAGCAUGCAUUCCACCAUCAAAUUACAUUUGUCAAAUUACCUUUUUCGCUGGGAGCGUGAAGGGAAAGAAUAAUGCUCCCUGCCCGCGGGGAAGAUUGAAAAAUUGGUAGAGGGCAUGGCUUUGACUUCCUUUCUCCAUAGGUGAAGUCCGCCACAUUAAUGAAAAAGAAACGUAACUAAGUUGUGUGUCUUUUUAUAUUACGAAUUAGGGCGUCACUGCUGUCACCAAGGAAAUUAAUCAUGCUUUUCUAAAUGGCAUAGAAGAUUUCAAUCAAUAUUGGCGCUAAAUGACACUGGAUAUUCAUUUUUUUUAAAGAAAGUCAUGUACCAAAUCGAGCUGAGUGUCAACAAGACGGGCAAGUGUAAGAAGACAGAACUCACCGAACCCUUCCACAAAUUUACAAUACCGGAAAAUGCCACAUUUGUUGGAGAAGGAACCGUUGGCUCCAAUGCCCUACCAGGUGCAGGAGUGAAUGUGCAGCUUUUCGCGGGAGAAAUCCAAGGAGGUUAGAUUUAACAUUUCCUAUGAAAGAACGACUGAUUCAAAUAAAAUAAGAUUCAUCAAUUUAAGCCGGAAAAAAAAGUAAUGGUCAAACUGGGGGAGGGAGAAGUCGAUAUAUUUUUCUUCCGGGGGGGAGGGGGUCAUAUGGUUUACAAGGGGAAACGAAGGGGGGAUGAGUUGUCUCCAACAGAAUUUAAAGGAGGGACUGAAGAAAAUUGAUUGCCAAUGAAGGGGGAUCAUUAGAAUUCCACAGGGCUUUAUGAGGGGAUUACGUAAAUUUAAUUGUGACAUUAUCAAACUCCUCCCACCCCUCCCUCUCCCCUGUAUAAUGACCAGUCCCAUUGAGCGGUCUAACUCAGAAGAUAUCUUGGACCAUAAGGCAGCAUGGGGGGGGGGAGGGGAGGGUGGGACGUAACUGAGUUGGGAUUUUUUUCUGACUUUACAUUUGAUUAUUUUAAAUAAUUGUAAAUAUAUGAAAAUCCCAUAUGUGAACUGCGGUUGAAGAAAAGAAUAUGGAAGCGAUGUUCGCAGUUAUCAACACUACUUAGUUAGUGGUGAAAGAAAAGCCUGAAAAAAAUUCAGGUCCGUACUGGAUUUGAACCCUUGACUUCUGCUAUACCGGUGCAGUUCUCUACCAAAUGAACUGACAAGCCAACUGGGAGCUUGAAAAUUUUUGGCAGAAACUUCCUAGACAUUCAAGCCAUGUCGUCCCAACAGUCAUUCAUAACUAUACGUGGUUUAACUUUCAGAUAAAUACUUCGUGACGGUUACUGAAAAAGUUGUCUUCCAGUCCAUGAAAAUGUUGAAACUAAGACGGCUGGUGUCAUGCAUACCAGGUUGGUUUAUGUUGUUUUUUUAUCCUCAGAGUUGGAGAGAGGUGAAGAUUUUGUAUGUCAUUUAAGCCGAUAAACUGGCGACUCCCCUCCGUCAAGUAAUGUGCUGCUUCCUCUUCUGGAUUAUAAUGCAUUGCAACGUUACCCCACAAACUUUCUUCAGGCUUCUCUGACAGUUCGCCGUUACUCAUUUAUAUUUUCCGAUGAAGAGAGGUAGUGUGGAAAAAAGAAUUGUCUCGCUCGAGCACAUAGCAGGAGGCACAGUGACCCAGUUCUCUUCUCUAGAGGUUCUUUAACCCUUUAUCUCUUAACUCCCAUGAGUGAUCAAGACUGAAUUUCUCCUUACAAUAUCAAUAGAACAUCAAGCAGACAAGUGAUGAGAAUACCAAACUUAUAUCACAAGAACUGUAUUUCGGACAGUAAGGAGAAUUCCUAACAAGAUCU